AUUGAUUCCGAUGCGUUUAUGGGUCAACGAGAAAUACUGUCGGAGCUGUACCUGGCCAACAAUUCGCUGUCAGCUGUUCCUUCUGUUUACGGACUCAAAAACUUGCAGGUGUUAGAUCUGAGUCAAAACCAGCUGACCGACAUCGCAGAGGAUUCGCUGUCCGGCAGCCCGUUGCUCAAAGUUCUGGUUGUUAAGCAGAACAAGAUUUGCUCCUUGUCGCCAAAUUCGCUCGAAGAACUCAAACCAAUGCUGGAAUAUCUGGAUUUGUCGAAGAACUGCUUACGCAGGGUACCGGCGCAGAACAUUCGAGGCUUUCAGCGGUUGUCUGCGUUGGAUCUGAGCCACAACGCCAUUGAAGAUGUACCGAACCUGCAGUUCAUGAACCUUCCGGCUCUUAGGGAGCUGCAGAUGGCCAACAACAGGGUGCUGCGCGUGAUGCCGUUGGCGUUCAUGAACGUGCCGGACCUGGAGAUCUUCAAUGUCAGCGGCAACAAGAUCGUCGAUAUCGACGCGAAUCGUUUCCAGCUGUUCGAAAAGCUCGAGGUCUUGGACCUGAGUGGCAACGGUCUCGAUAAGGUCCAGACCUCGACGUUUAAGCAACUGCCAAGGAUAAAGCAGAUCCACCUGAAAAACAACAGGAUUAAAGUGGUCGAAACGCUUGCGUUCAGCGCCAGUCCGCAGCUGCGCAUGAUCAGUCUUGAAGGCAACGGUCUUCGAAUACUGCAGAAGAACGCUUUCGACACCCUGCCAAGCAUGGCUACUUUGAACUUAGCUGGAAAUGGCCUCAAGGAAAUAAGUAGCGGAAUGUUUGCCGGAAUGCCGAAUUUGAAGCAGUUGAACUUGAGACAGAACAGGAUACAAUCGAUUGAACCUGGAAGCUUUGAUACCGUCCCGUUGCUGUCCACGCUGGAUCUGGGACAGAACAAGCUAAAAAAAAUCCUGCCAAACGUCUUCACGAAGUUGGGCAAGCUCUUUUGGUUGGACUUGAGCGACAACAGCAUCAGCACAUUUGACGAGGGUGUAUUUCAAGCAAAGAUCAACCAUCUACUUUUGCAAGGAAACGGUCUCGAAUGCGACAACAAAAUCCGGUGGUUUUUUGACUACUUGCUGCAGAACGAGGUACGGACGUUUUUGCCCGGUCAGCGGGAGGUUGUUUGCGCGAAGCCGCCUGGCACAUUGCUGAAGGAUAUCUUGAUCGAGAAGGCAAACCAGACGAUGCAGAAAGAGGCACAACUGCCACCAUUGGACCUUACAAAUUUGAUCGGCAACUACGGACAUCUGAAGGAACUGAUGCAGCAGAAGUCGGACAGUGAGCAUGCGGUGGAAAACGGCAAAGGUGGGCUGCUGCCAACGUUGAACCAGCUGACUACUCCGUUGUCACGACUGAUUUCCGGAGGGGACAGCGUCUCGUCAUCAGACGUAAAGACGCUCAUCAAAAGUAUCCCUGAGCUGAUACGUCACAUCCCGUCAAGGCCAUCACCGUCGUUGACCAGCGACCUGAAGAAUGUCCCUCCAGAGCUGAUCGAUUACGUGCUAAGAGGGGGACAGAUUCCGGGUGUUCCACCACAAAUGUUACAACGCCUGAUCGAGGCGAACGCGAAGCAGCUGUUGGCGGAGAGUACGUCAUUGCCACCGCUGUCGUCGCUGCCGACCGAAAUGGUAAAGUCGGUGAUGAACGGCGGCACGAUCAUCGGUCUCAGCAAGGAACAGACACAGGCCCUGAAGGAUCGUUACAUCAAGCAGAUGGUCAGCGACAACUACACGCUAAGCACGAUCAGUUCGCUUCUGAGUGCCAGCGGCGGCGGCGGCAAAGACAGCGGCAGAGUCGCUUCUCUGCUGGCCGGCAACUCGUCGGACGGCUUUUUCGGCCUGUCCAUCAACGACCUCAAGAUACCGGUUCAGCUGGUACGACUGUUGAUUAAUAAGAACCCCAUGUUAUUUGGUCAGCUGGUCAGCAAGCAGCUAAAGGAAAACAACGUUGUCGUCAACGAGUCCGACUCCAACGCCAGUAUCGUCCAUUUGUUACCUCCAACCGAAAGUCCCCCACUGAUGGUCAUUCCCGAUGACCUGCCGUACGACGUGGCGGCUCUUGACCGCAAGGCUGACAUCCGCAACUACAAGGAAGAAGGCUCGGAACAGACCAACACGGGUAUGUGGGCGGGCAUCGCUUUGGGUUUCAUCAGCCUGGUGACAAUCAUCGCCACAACCAUCCUCUGCUGUCGCAGGUACAAAAAACGUCACGGUGUGGAAACAGAUCGGUCGGAGUUCAUACAGUCGAAGACCGCCUCCAGUUUCGACAGGUUUCCUAUCACCGAUUCAAGUAACAACACUGAUUCCUGCCGCUCUACGGUUCGAGUCUGUAGGCUUCCGACCCGGAGUCAAGAUAUGGCUGAAUUCAACGAGGUCCCGGGCUAUACGAGCUGGAAAUAUUUCGAACCUCAGACGAUGUUUCAACGACCAUGA